AUGAGUAAAAACGAUAAUUUUGACAUUCAAAGUCUGUUCUGUGUUCUCUGUGGACGGACAGAUGACUGCCCUGAAAAGUAUGGAGAAAAAAGGACCUAUGUGGAAUACGAUCUCACUGUUCAUUAUUACUGUUUGUUGAUGUCAAGUGGCAUUUGGCAGAGAGGGGAAGAAGGUGAAGGUGUGGAUGGAUUCUUAAUCACCGACAUUAGAAAAGAAGUAAAUAGAGCUGCAAAACUGAAAUGUAAUAUCUGUAAGAAAAAGGGUGCUUCAAUUGGAUGUGUAGCUCCCAAAUGCAAACGAAGUUACCAUUUUCCUUGUGGAAUACAAAAGGAAUGUAUUUUCCAGUUCAUGGAAGACUUCAGAUCUUACUGUUGGGAACAUAAGCCAGUCCAAAAGUUUCCAGAUAAAGAAUCUAGAGGAACUUCAGAGUGUACAAUAUGCCUGGAUUUGGUUGAACAGCUUCCAGUGUACACUGUAUUGAAAAGUCCUUGCUGUAAAAAUACUUGGUUUCAUCGAGAAUGCUUGCAGUGUCAAGCUUUGAGUGCUGGGAUAUUUUUCUUUAGGUGCGCAGUAUGUAAUAACAAGGACAAAUUUCAGAAAGAAAUGUUGAGAAUGGGCAUACACAUUCCAGAAAAGGAUGCAUCUUGGGAACUUGAAGAGAAUGCAUAUCAAGACCUACUGCAAUGUUAUCAACACUGUGACAUUAAAAGAUGUCUCUGCAAGAAAGGAAGAGACUAUAAUGAACCUGAUAGUAAAUGGGAAAUAAAGCGUUGUCAGUGUUGUGGUUCCCGUGGAACUCAUUUGGCCUGUUCAUCUCUGAAGUCAUGGGAGCAAGACUGGGAGUGCAUGGAAUGCAGAAGUAUCCUUGCAAAAUCAGGGAACUAUAGUAAACAGAAAAAGCGUUCUUUGGCUACCUCUGAAAAGACGGGUGGGACAACUUGUUUGCUCGAAGAGCCAUCUCCAAAGUGCCCUCGGCAGUCACCUGGACCUCAACGCAAUUUUCUUCUCCAAUCACCAAAGAUAAUGUGCCAGAACAACUUGUCACCCUGCUCACACCUAGAACUUCCAGCGUCCAACAGAGUGACGGUGUCCUUGUCUCCACUGAUGUCAAACAGGAACUGGUCCCCGAGAAAGAA